UGGAGAAAGACAAUAUAACUGUAGUGAAUCGGUGUGUUGAAGGACUCAGAGCCAGGACAGCAUUGGAGAACUGUCAUCCCUUGCCGAUCAGGAGAUGCAGCCUGAUGCUGAUGCUCGACUUAGGGGCUGUGGUAGGCUUAGUCAUCGCUAAUGUCGAUGGUGAUAGCAUUGAGUUUCGGCGUGGGAGGCUUGUACGGCCGAAAGCCUUCCUUCAAUCCCAUCACUGUACUCAAUCGGGACCAGGUCCUGUUGAUAAUAGCACUAUGUUCGACUCCGUCAUCUCCCAUUGUGCACCCUCAGACCCCUUCACUAAUGCGGUCGCUUCAACCUUAGGCGUUGGCAGGGGAUAGCUGAACGAUGACGAACCAAACCCGGCUCGACCCUGAUGUCUGGGCCCUACUAGCCGAAACCUCCCUGGCAGGCACACGCAAUCGUCGUCAAUUAUCCUGCACACCGUGCAGACAACGAAAGUUGAAAUGCAAUCGAGGCAAACCGUGUGAAAACUGUUCCAAGAGAAAAGCAGUCGAGUCUUGUGCGUAUCCUGAUGCCGCCAGCCGCGGUUCCAGAAAGCCUGUCAAGGUCCAAGAGCGCAUCAACCGCCUGGAGUCUUUGUUCUUGGAGCUCAGCUCCAAGAACAAUGUUUCAUUCGACGCUGAGGAUGGCGCAGGGGCCGAAGAACCGUCCAUGAUUGACUGUCUGGACCCUGGACACCAAGUCCUACUGAACGACUCACGUAUGCUCAGAGACGGACAUACCAAUGGGACACCAACAAACUGGCAGACAACACUUGAAGACAUCACUGAGAUACGAGAGUACUUUGAAGACCACGACCAGGUCCUCAAACACGAUUUUGAAAAGCUUCGGGAAUCCAGAGCCCAGCCGAAAGUGUGGGACUUGAUCUAUGGCAUAAGUCGAGAUCAGGACUUGUCUGCCUUGAUCACCUGCCUUCCCGAACGUUCGCAAGUGGACAGGCUAGUUGCCAACUACUUUGAGAUGGCAUCCUUCUUUAGACCUGUUGUCCAUCCGAAGCAGUUCCAACGCGAGUACUACAAAUUCUGGCAAGCACCAUACUCCGUCUCCAAAGCAUGGCUAGGACUGCUGUUUGCAGUCCUUCGACUCUCAGCACAGACUACCCAGCAGCUGCCAAACACCGCUUCCUCAUCUCCACUUGACGUUGACGAAACCAUUUCAACAUUCCGACUUUGUGCGCUUCGCUGUCUCACAUUGGAUGAUUACGCCAGAGCGAAUAUCCAUCUUCUGCAAGGCCUUCUCACGCAUCUGGAGGCCGAAUAUUUCCAGUCGUUAGAUCCGCAAGCCAACUUCUACAUUUUGACCGGUACGACAGUCCGAGUGUCUCUCAUGAUCGGACUGAACCGAGAUGCAGCCCACGACAGUAAGUUUACCACUUUCGAGUGCGAAAUGCGGCGCCGUCUCUGGUUGUGCAUUGUCCAUGGGGACAUACUGCUCUCCUUCCAGAUGGGCCUACCGUCGAUGAUACCAUACGCACAAUCAGACACUACCCGCCCGAGAAAUCUGGCGGAAGACGACUUUGACGAAGACACGGAAGAGCUUCCUGCGAGCAGGCCAGUCGACGGCACCACAACAAUGGGCUUCUACCUGGCGAAGGCGCCCGUGAUCGAAGUAUUCGGCAAGAUUGCGGCGCACGUACAAUCUGUCAUCUCCUCCGAGGAGGACUCCGUAAUGAAGCUCGAUACAGAGCUGAGAGCCGCACAUGACAGCGUGCCAGCAUACUAUCGCGUACGGCCCAUCGAAGAGUCGUUGAUCGAUCCCGCACAUAUCAUCAUGCGACGCUUCGCCAUCGACCAGAUCUAUUUGACCGGAUUGUGUAUUCUCCAUCGAAAGGGCCUAGUCGUCUCUAGGACAGAUGAACGAUUUUCCUCCACACGGAAGUCGUGCGUCGAAGCGGCAAUGACACUGCUUGACUAUCAGGCUGUCCGGAACCGAGAAACCAAAACCGGUGGACGCCUUGCCGGUCUAGGAGGCACAAUGUUGUCAAUCACCAAGAACGACUGGCUGCUUGCAGCGAUGCUGAUCUGCUUGGAUCUCCACCUGUCGAUGACCAAGCCUUCGACCUUGUCAAGCGACAUGGCCAUAUGGGGCCGAGACCGCCACGAAGAAAUGUCGAGAGCACUGGAGACGUCUUACUACAUCUGGAAGGAAUCAAGUGAAGAAUCUGUCGAAGCGCUCAAAGCCACGGAGGCACUGGCCGCCAUGCUCGCCAGACUUAGGCCCGACCUUGGUAUCAUGACGAAGUACGGCCCUUCCCAGUCUUUACCUUCUUCAAUGGGUGGCCUUAGCUUCGAAUCCGGACCUGGACCCAGCUCCGUGGUACUUACGUCCAAUACGGAGGCAACGACGUCGACCAUACCUAACGGUACCUCGGAAGGCUCUUCGAACUCGGCUACAGACGUAACGUUACCAGUCACGCAGGUUUUCAUGGAUCCAAAUGACAUCAACUGGGAUGAGCUGGAUCGGUACUUUAUUAGCAGUAUGCCCUCGGCGACUGAUGUCCCUAUGGACCUGUCAGAAGUAUGGCUAAACGACAACCUGUGGCCGACGACAUAGUAUGGCACUAAGCCUUGAUUCUCGAGUCCCAGCCCACCACACAAGGCUCGCGACCUUUUGGGUCAAUCACAGGCCAAGUGCGUAAGCAUCCCUGAGCGGAAACGUGCCAUUACCCUCUGGACGUCCAAACGGUAAACAUAAUAAUAUUCUCAACGUCAGGCCGCACAUCCUUCAGGCCUUUCAACUCCGUCAACUUGUCGGGCUGGAUGUGUGCGGUAUGUUUCGAGCCGAUAUCGGAUUCGUGCUCUAUCAGCGCCGCAUCGGCAACGCAUCGGCAACGCGGAAGGG